AAGAAAAUCAUUGGAAGUCAUGGGAGAUAAGUUAGUCAGCUAAAGGUGUCCAAAUCUUGUCAAAGGUUAUCAAAAGCAUUACUUUGUAAAUUAUUUAUGUAUUUAUUUAUUAAAUUGUUUAAAGUGCUCUACAAUCAUUAUUUGGGAGGCAACACUAAAAUUGAUCAAAGAUAAGAUUUACAAUGUUAGAAAUAGAAUUUGUAAAGAAUGAAAGAAGAACACGAAGUAAGUUAGUCCGCUAAAUGUGUAAAAAGUCAAAAUCUUGUCAGAACUUUUCGAAAGCAUCACUUAGUAGUUUUUUUAAUUUUUAAUUUUUUAUAUAAGAAUGGAUGAAAUAUUAGAUGUUCCAUGUUAGAAAUAAAAUAACAAGAAAAUUCAGUAAGAGAAAUAAAGUAAAGGAUAAUAAAAAAAACGCUAACUUUGUGCACAAAUGAAACUACAAAAAUAAGCUAGUAAACCACUGCAAAGGUAGAAACUAGUCAUGUACAGUUAACCAGUAAAACACUGGAAGUGAAAUGUAUUUGCUUUCAGAAAAAAAGUUUUUGAAAUAUAGAACCAGAGGCCUAGAUUGGUAAAAUAAUUAAAUAAAUAAAUAUAAAGAACUUAUGUUGUUUUUAUUUAUUAUUAUAGCAUAAAAUAAAACUAAUCAAUAGAAAAAAAGAAUAAUUCCAUAGCAUAUAUUUAGUUCCAAUAUUGCAAUAGCCAACAAGUAACACAAGAGAGAGCCCUUCUACACUACACACUGGCUUCUCCUUCAAAAAGAACCUGCUGCUUACACACUUGUGAUUAUUGAUUAUCUUUAGGUCUUAUGACAUUCGAUUGACAAUUUCAACUCAAGGAGGGAAAUAGUUUCCAAGAUUUUUGGUAUUUUAGAGCCUUAAUCUUCAAUCUGCCUCAGCUCCACAGUCGUUGUCAAGCUACUGUUUACUCUGAUGCUGAAAACUUAGACUGGCUUCCUCCCAGGCUGCUGGUGUAGAACACUAGUUAAGAAAACAAAAUAUGGAAAAAAUUCCAGUUUAUGACGCAAUAUCAAACAAGUGAUAACAUGACCAGAACUUCCAUGAAAAUAAAAUAUGUUCUGCAUUUUAUUAUAUUUUUUCUUCAAAACAACAUGAUGUUAAAAAAAGAAAGAAAAAAAACAACCUCUUCUGGUAUGUGAGGAAUGAAGUCUUCUUAGCACGGUCUGUCCAUAAGGCCAUUGGCAGCUCUGGGAUCAGCUACACCUUCCCAAGAAGGGGGAACCUGGAAUGAGUUCAGCGUUUGGCAACGCUGGUGAAAUCUGGAUCCUGUGAUAUGGACCAUGCAGAACUGACACAGCCUAUAAAUAACACUGACAAAUCUUUAGAGGAACAGACCAGUGCACCUGGAGAAACCAGGGGGAAGCGUUGGGAGAUGAAGACUGAUAUCGCUGGAGGUUUCUUCUUCUGAGAAGUCAUGUCAGUGUUUCUGUUGUUGGCUCUGGUGUUGAACACGGCCUCUUCUGCCCAGUUAUCAACAGACUGGUGUGGGCCGGAGGUCACAGCUCUAAAACGCAGCAUUAAAAGGCUGGAGAAUAGCCUCUUGAUUGUGACUUGGCAGGUCGAGCACUUGCAGACGCACAAAUAUUUCCUUCCAUUUCGACCUGCGCUGCCUGACGCUGGAGCUGAAGCUGACAAAGCCUCUGGUGCAAACCACAACGGCAGUGCGACGCUCGACAGCUCUAAUACGACACUGAUGAAACCACUUCCAUCAGCAGGCAACAUCAUCGUACACGACAGGGAUUGUUCUGAGCUGUUCGACAGACUGAGACCCCCAAGUGGAUUCUACCGAAUCAGACCCAAGUCCCACCAGGACCCAUUUCUGGUUUACUGUGACAUGGAGGAUGGAGGAGGAUGGACAGUGUUUCAGAGACGCCGGCACGGAAGAGUUGACUUCAACAGAGACUGGGUGGACUACAGAGACGGCUUCGGGGACUUCAAACUGUGGAACGAUGAGUUUUGGUUGGGGAACGAGCACAUGCACUCUCUGCUCUCAGAAGGUAAGAACCUGGUGAAGAUAGAUCUAAUGGACUGGGAAGGACAGAGAAGUCAUUCAUAUUACGAAAACUUCAGGAUCAGUGAUGAGGCGGAUAAGUAUCGGCUCCAUUAUGGGCAGUACAGUGGCAAAGCUGGAGACGCUCUGACUGGUGGUGGUGGGGCGGUGCAGCAGUGGUCCGCUUGCCUCAGUGGUAUGCAGUUCAGUACGAGGGAUCAGGACAAUGAUCGCUACCUUCAGGGGAGCUGUGCCCAGGAGAACGAGGCAGGAUGGUGGUUUAACAGAUGUCAUGCAGCCAACCUGAAUGGGAAGUUCUACCGCUCUGGGAAGUACAAGAACCAGCAUGACAAUGGCGUGGUGUGGGGGACCUGGAAAGGUCUUUGGUAUUCCCUUCGACACACCACCAUGAAGGUGCGGCCUCUGGUCUUCUUGGACAUGGAUGGCAGCGGAGCAGGGGAUAUUUAAAAAGACAACAGGCUUCAGAGAAUCAAGUGAAAACAAAUAAGAGCAAAGUGUGAUUUCAUGUUUAAAUUCUAUGUAUUUUAAUUUCUCCCUUUGUCAAAGUCAAUAGUAGAUUAUAAACUGUUUUAUAGUGGGCACUCCCUUUCUAUAAAGUGUAUAUUACUCCAGCAAUAAAAUGUAAAGCAUUUCAGCCAUGCUGCCCAGA